AUGCCCAUAGGCAAUUACCGAUUUGGAAAAUCAUUGCGCUUUUGCUUCUCCUACAUUCCACUUACUUUACUUCUUAUCCGCUGGGUGAUCUUUUGGAUCCUUGAUACAACACUUAGGCAAUUUUACAACAAUCCCAAGGGGGACAGAUUAAGGGAGAAGAGAGCUUUUUAUAGUCAGAACUAUAUUAUAGAGAACGCCCCUGGUGAGUAUGUGGCAAACGCUGUUGCCACCCUAAUACUGACACUAUUGCUCACCCUAAGCUAUGAACUUGGAUGCAGACGAAGUAUAUUGGACAAUGACUACAUCCGGACGCUUCGCAACCCUAGAAUAAAGCUAAUCAACGACUCGAUUGCGCAAGUCAGCUCGAACAGCGUAGUAAUAGGUUUAGGAAAUAAAUACCCGGCUGAUUUCAUCAUCGUAGAUUUUGGCGACGGGAUUCGAGUUCACGCAAUAGAAGCCCGACGCUAUGAUAGGCAGGACGAUCAAGGCGGCAUCGGUGCUUACAAGACCGUGGCAAUGAACGAAUUCCCCAAUAUAUUCUACUUACUUGGCCCAAAUUCUGGCAGCGGACAUACAUCUGUUCUUUUUGCGAUCGAGUGCUCGGUUAAUCCGGCAUCAAUUGUCGAGGUAAGCAAAGGGGCUGAGGUCGAGUGGUAUAACACGAUACAGACUGCUCUCAGCAAAACGGUGUUGACGCGCACCUAUUCCAGU